CGUGGCAACAGGACGCGGAAGUUAGGAAAGCGACUACGGUCUUCGGCACAGAAAUGGGUACAAAAAAAGAGAAGACACGAUAUUAAUAGAGCCAACUUGUUGAGCUUUUGGAUAUCUAACGUUAGACUGAUGGCCUGUACGGAAAAACGCUGUCUAAAAAACGUGUUUUUUUUUUAACGUUACACGGCCUUAAAACUUUCUCGCAAGUAUGAAUUAUCCCGCAUCUGUCACAGAGAUGUCACGACAAGUGAAACGAAUGGCGACGUCGAAAGCAGCCGUUUCCAGAUUGCCAGCGGUAAGGACGUCGAGAAGAGCUAACAAAUCACUUCCAGCUACCACUCGGAGCUUUAUGGAAAGACUGCCAUCUGAGAUCCUGAUUAAGAUUCUGUCAUACCUGGAUGCCUCCUCACUUUUCAGCAUCAGCCACGUCAGUAAACUUUUCUAUCAGCUUGCCAAUGAUAAUUCUCUGUGGAAAAGCAGAUACAUAGCGGAGUUUGGCAAGGAUAAACAGAGGAAACCCAAGUGUACUGAUGAGCUGCUGCUGAAGAUGGAGGAUCAAGCUGCAGGCAACUGGAAAUGGCUGUACUUCAAGUCUGUAGCCGCACGUGACAUGGACAAGUGGAAAAGACAUCUCGGACACACGAGCUCUUACACCGGGUUACCCUGCCAAACGGAAAAGGUCCUCAGAAAGUUGAACAUCACUUGGGAACUGACGGUCACCGAUAAGUCAGGGCAUCAGAACACUUUGGAGCUGAGCUGGUCCCAGUUCUUUGAGACUUCUGUGACACUGUGUUGGAGCGCAGGAGGCUACUUGCCCAACUACCAGCACAUUUCCACCCUUCAACUCCACGGUGUCAGGAGGAUAGGCCUCAGCUGCCCCAGCCUAAAGAAACCUGGCUGGAGGUCCCUCAUGGCAAAGUUAGACAUGCAGACUCUAACUAAAAACGCGCAGGUCAUCGGCCAGGACAGAGUGGUGCAGCUGAAGUUGCUACCACCUGGCAUCAUCAUCGGUGUCUGGAGGGACCAGCGCUCCGUUGCCUUCAUCAUGCUCACCCUUCACUUCCACAAGCUGGUGGAAAGAAGCACUCAGGGAUCCUCUGAUUGUCCCUUUGUGGAGCCAAUGGAGAGCCUCCCAUUUGAUGACAUAGACCCUGAAUACGGUCUCCAUGGUUACAAACUACACAUUGCUCUCCACAGCACUGAACGCAAGCUCAUGUCCGAAAGCUUCUCCCAGCUAUUCUGCCAUAGAGCUCAGAUCUCUGAUGGACUGAUCCAGCUUACUGCCAUUAACAGCACAGACUUGUCGCAGCACACUCCUCUGUCUGGCAACAUCAGCCUGCCCUGGUGGUGUGAGGCCCUGCAGGGAGAGGUGAAGAACUGCUGCAUCAUGAGUCUGACUUUACUGGAUGAAUUCAGGAAGCCCUUCACCUGUGUCAGCUAUCCUGUUUCCAUGAAGCUGGAAGAGGCGCCCGUUUCUUAUGACCACGACGGUGAGCACUACCUGAUCCACUACCAGGACUCAGACACUCAGGUGAAGAUGCGGCUUGUGUGGGAGGAGGAGCAGCAGCAGUUUGUCCUUGUCAGUUUAGUCGUCUAUCUGAGUGUUUGCACUGUCAACAAGCAUUUUGGCAGAGAUUACUGACCCUGACAUACGUCUGUUGAGUUGAGGUUGCUCAUCACCACUGUCCAACUUGUGGAAAAUUGUCGGGUGAAAGACUGGGUCAGCCGUAGAGCUGCCCCACUCCAUCGUAGCAGGUUCUGAAAUUGUUCACUUUUGUGAUGUCAGUAAAUAUCAUGGUUCAAAACCUACUGUAUUGUACUGUGCCCCUUUUUUUCCUAUUUUCUGUGCCUUACACAUCAGUUCACAGAUGUCUGCCUGUUUUUUCUUAUUUGAUAAUACUAUUGCCUCUUGUUUCUGUAAUGAGAGACUUUGUCCGCACUGUUGACUGUAUCUAAAGAUGGACAACCCCUCUGUAAUGCCAUCUAUAGAUUUCUUGAACAAUUCAGUGUUGUGGCUCUGACCAUUGCCCUCUUGGCAGAGCCUGACUCCUUGGUGCUUGAGUAGAGCUGUGGCAGACCAUCAAAUGCCUAUGGGCCAUGUAACUGUCCUCAGAUGGUCCUCCUCUAAUGUUAUUUAAGCAGAUGAGUUACUUUGCUUGUACCGUUUUUAUACCAAGCUAUCAACAUGUUUACUUCUACUGUAAAGCUAGACCUUUUAACAUGAGGGCCUAUGAGGACUUUUUGGAGCCAGUCUCAAGGGGCCAUUUAAGGAUUUGAAGUUUUUGUCUUUAUUUUUCAUCUGCUUGGUUUAAGUUUGCAAAAUCAUUUUACAAAUCUUAAGAAUAAUGAAUGAUUAAUGCGUUGCUCUCGACAUCAUGAAGAGAGAUAGAUAGAAUAGAAAUAUUAAUUGGAACAUUUAAUUAUAAUUUUAUGACAUAAUUGCUUAAAACCUGUCUGAAUUCCAUAGUCUGAAUCUUUUAAUGCUACACUGAUAGUUUUUUGCAUCUGCUCAUUGAUUGAUUGUCGUAGUAUUAUAAUUAGUCAGUCUAUAAUUAUUCCAGUGACACACUCAAGCUGUUUGCACACAGGCUGCGCAGUUUUUGUACUUUGUAUACUCAAAACUAAAAGAGGGAAAAUAUCAUUCUUUAAGAAAACAACUUGAGACUUUCUGACCGAGGUGCUGAAAUGACCUUUGUGUUUGUUUUUUUUUAUAUGUAUGCAGUGCAGAAGUGAAGAAGCAAAUUUUAAAAAAUACAACCAUUUUGUUAGAAUUUGAGUUAUACCCAUACAAAUAUGGAUCUUUGUCAAAGUGGAACAAAAUAAAUCUCUGUCCCAAGUAGAAUGCACAUUGAAUAUUUAAUGCAUAACGAAAACCUGAGCUUAUAUGUAACCUGGGGAAGGUUUUUGUGGCACCUUGUUUUGAUCUGCUUUAUGUUGUAAUACCGCUCCACCAUGACACUUAGUGACUCACAAGUCAUUUUUUUUAACACUGUAAUAGGAUAUUUCAAAAGAGCACAGAGUUUAAUGGUCCAUUUACAUCGGAUGUUAUUUCUAUACCAAAACCCUAAGGUCAUGUUGAGGAAAUAAGAUUGCAGGAUGUUGCAAUUUAUCCAUGUGUGAUGUUUUCUUACAUUUGGGCUGAAACACCUAAAAACUCCACGAUAUCGUUGCCAUCCUCUCUCACGGCUGAUUUCAUCACUUAGCUGGUCCCUUCCAACUUAAAGCAUCCAAAUUACUGUAAUAUUAAUUAUUAAUAAUCCUCAGUCAUUAAAUAUUCUUAUUGUAGUGAUGUCUUUCAUGUAUUUCCUGAAUUUUACGUUUUCCUUUGUUGUGUAUGUAGAUAUUUGCUGAUGUGAGCAGGCAGACUUUAAAUGCAUCCACCCUUUUAAUUAACACUUUCAAGACUGAACUCUUCGUUUUUACUAAAAUCAAGCAAAAUUAGGGCAUGCUUUACGUGUGUGUUGGAAUGAACGCUUUGCUCCUUUUGUAUGUGUUUUGCAAAUCACAUUUUGCCUCCUUUUAUUGUGGCAUGAAUAUGUUAAAGUCCACAUUUCCUCAAUUACACUGUCAGCUGUUAUGAUCUCACUUUCAGAUGAAAAUUGAGCCUAAUGUCCACACCCUGGGCAAAUCUGGCUACAGCGAUAGAAUUAGUGCGGGAGCAAUUGUUGGAAACUGCUGCUGAUGGGCCAGC